CUUCACUCCCCCACCAUCAACACAACCACCAUCAAUACACCCAUCAACACACCCAUCAACACACCACCAUCAACACAUCACCAUCAACACACACACUGGCAUCAACUCAACACCACCUCACAACAAACCUACCAUGGCCGACACCAAUUCCACGGCCCCGGACGUAGUCGGCAACCCCGACGCCAGCUUCUGGCGCUUCAGCCGCUCGUCCGGCUGGGACCUAACCCACACAACCUCAUCACCGCCCGCAGGCCAGCGCCUCACCCUGACGACAACCACGGCGCCCAUCACGAUCGCGGCCGCCAAGACCGCUCUCGUCGUCGUCGACAUGCAGAACCUGUUCCUGUCGCCCGCCAUGUCGUCGUCGUCCACGCCGCACACAGACACAGGCACAGACACAGGCACAGACACAGACGCAGACGCAGACACGAAACUCACGCCCGGGCUAGCCGCCGAAGCGGCGCUGCUGGGCACGGCGUUCCCAGCGGCGCGCGCCGCCGGCAUCCGCGUCGUGCACGUGACGUGGGGGCUGGACGAGGGCUCGCUGGCCGCGCUGCCGCCGGUGCUGCACCGCGUGUUCGGGUUCCGGGCCAUUGCGCGCGGCGGUGACGGGGAGGAGUUUGACGAAGAGAACGGCGGCAUCGGGCCUGGAGGCGACCUCGGCUCCCGCAUCCUGCCGGAUGGGACGUCUGUGGCCGCGGGCCGCCUGCUGGUGCGCGGGCAGUGGAACACGGCGCUGCACGGGGGGUUUCAAGAUGCGUUUGACGAGUCGCUGCAGGAGGCGGUGCCGCAGGUGCGGUUCCAAAAGGAACGGCUGUCGGGCUUCUUUCUCGGGCGGGACGGGGAUGCGGGGCGUGGUGGUGGUGGGCCGAAGGAUUUGGUUGAGUUUCUUGACGAGGAGGGGAUUACCACGCUGCUGUUCGCAGGCGUCAAUACCGACCAGUGCGUCCUCGCGUCGCUGAAAGAUGCGUGCGAUCUGGGGUUUGAUACUGUCUUGCUGCGCGACGGAUGUGGGACGAACAGUCCUGACUUUGCCCGGCUUAUGGUUGAGUAUAAUGCGCGCAGGUGCUGGGGGUUUGUGUCGUCGUGCGAGGCGCUGGCGGCGGCGGUCAAGGCUGCUGAAGCAGCAGCAGCAGCAGCAGAGCGAGCCCGAUACGGACACGCGGGACUGCGGCUGCACGAGUUCGUGGCCGUCGGCCGCCGCGCCACGACCAUUACCGACACGCACCUAUCGCAUCUGCCGGCCGUCGUGCUGGCGCUGCAGGUCCGGCGGGGGGAGAACGGCGUUGUGUCGAGGGUCAAUGUUGCGGAGAUUGACGAGGGGGCGUGGAUCGCUGCCCGCCCGGCGUGGAAGUUCGUUGUGCUGAUGUGAUGAUUAUCUAGGUAUAUGGUCAUGGACGAGUGGGCUCGUUUGGCAGCAUAAUUACACUCCAUCUUAUACAGGUGGGAAAUGGGA